AUGGCACCUUGUGUCCGCGCAUAGCAAGGCAGACUAACGUGGGCACUGUCCAUUCGACCGGCAUCUCUUGUCGCUGUAGUGUCCGUACGUUACUGGACCUUCGUCGUCUCCACUCCCUGUUUGUGCCUGGUUCUACACCAUGUGUUUAUGUAUGGCUGCAGGUCUUUAAUGUAUAAUAAACAGUUGGAAUCGUCCUACGAGUUGCCUUCGUCAUGUCAUUUAGUUUGUUCUGUGCCAAACCCACCACAGAAACUUGGUAGCUCGAGUGGGGUCAGGAAGAGAGACUACACUGUGGGAUCAGAAGACGUCUCAGAAUCUGCUUCCUGACAGCCGAAACUAAGAAAGUGACAACCAGACGUAGAUGUCCAUAAGUAACAGUUAGUUUUUCCUGUUUCUGUACUUUCAAAUAUUUUCUAUUUUUUGUUUUCUUCUUUUUGUUUCAGGGUAGUUAGAUUUAGUUUAGUAUAUUUUAAAAUAAUUUGCUUAUAUUUUCUUAAUUGUGAUUUUACUUAGCUUGAAAAUUGUUUCAGUUGAGAUAGAUUUAGUUAUUAGGUUACUAUUAUUGUUAGAGUUUCUUAAGACCUGCAGCCAGAUGGAGAGAAAUAUGGUGGAACCUGGUUCAGUGAAGGGGAGAGACGUGGGUCCCACGUGCUGUGAAGGAGAGCCGGAGGGAAUGGAACGUGUCCCUAAGGGGAUGUUGACUCGACUACAAGCUGAACUUGAGGCAUUGAAGCUGGCCUGUCAGCUCCCUUGUUGACUCGACUACAAGCUGAACUUGAGGCAUUGAAGCUGGCCUGUCAGCUCCCUUGUUGACUCGACUACAAGCUAAACUUGAGGCAUUGAAGCUGGCCUGUCAGCUCCCUUGUUGACUCGACUACAAGCUGAACUUGAGGCAUUGAAGCUAGCCUGUCACCGCCCUUGUUGACUCGACUACAAGCUGAACUUGAGGCAUUGAAGCUGGCCUGUCAGCGCCCUCACUACAUCAUAGAACCUACUAGAAAAAUGAGACAGUUCAGUGGGGAUGGCAGAAAUGUUGUGGUUUCAAUUGAAGAUUUCGUCAGAGAAAUAAGAGAUCUAUGGGAAUUUCGGCCUUACCUCUCGCCUCAAGAGAAGACAGCAACCAUCAUUGCGAACAUAAGUGGUCCAGCUAGAUUAGAGAUAGAUCUUCAGCCACCUCAUAUCAGAAGUGAUCCAGAAGCUCUGCUUGAUGCACUUACAUCUGCUUUUGAAGUAAUCAUACCGGUGCGAGAGGCAGAGAUUGCAUUUCUGAUGUGGCUGCAGAGAAGAAGUGAGUCACUGCUUGAAUUUUCUCACCGACUAUUUAAGGAGUUCACAACGGCCAUAAGACAAGAAAAAAGAGAAGGAAUAGAUUGCUUCAAGGAGGAAAGAUUGAGGGACCAAUAUGCCUAUGAAGUGAGAGAUCCAGAACUUCACAGAGAGCUUUUUAGGUUCAUAGCGCAACAUCCCCAGAUAAGUUUUCAAAGUCUACGAAACUAUGCAUUCAAGUUGGAGAACCAGAACAAAGAUGUAGCUCGAGCUCAAGAGCAGUGGUCUGAGGUUCUAUUAGCGAAAUUGGCCAAGCUAGAGAAGCAACUUGAAGAGAUAAAGGGGUCAGGCUAUAACAGUCUGCCAAGUUCAACUAACCCACUUUCUAGUCAACCACAUUGUCAACGCAGACCAACACAAAGACACACGAAACAUAGCAACCAAAACAGAAUUCGACCAACAGCACCGCCGGGUCUUGUGUGGUCAAGGACGAAGAAAGGAUUCAUCCCAUACACUGAUAACGGAUCACCAGUCUGCACCAACUGCUGGGAGGCUGGACACGUAGGGCGUCAAUGUCAGCCAUCCCCACAACUCACGGCUGAGGUUCAAUCUGUGUGCAAUAGUGAACCCAUUGUUUCACAGCCAACCCACCAAGUAGAACAACGAACCAGUGAACAACAAGCGGAUGCAAUUUACAAUACAGAUGCAAGUCACUCAAUUCAAACAUACCCCGCAUCGAGAAAUAGAAACUUUAAGGGUCGUCAGCCUAACCAGACCAGACUCCGGAAGACACAUAGACAAAAAAGAAACUACAAGCAGUUGAACCAGCCACAAAGACGAACUCGCUCACUACUCCCUACCACACUUUCUACAGCUUCCCAGACAUCAUGGGUCGAGAAAGACGUUAGUUUCAAUGAAAAACCAGACAGACCACUCUAUAUGACCGAUGGACUCAGCACGUUACAAACUGGAAAGAUGUUUGUCGUUCCAAAAGACACUGACAAGAAUCAGUUGUUUCAGUUUUCAGAAACCUACUAGGCUGAACGCCCCUGGACUGGUCGUUUCAAGCUAGGGGCUUUGUAGUGGAGUGGAUACCUUUUCAGAAAACACCGGCCACCCCGAUAUCCACGUAACCCUUCCCCCUAGAUGGCACCUUGUGUCCGCGCAUAACAAGGCAGACUAACGUGGGUACUGUCCAUUCGACCGGCAUCUCUUGUCGCUGUAGUGUCCGUACGUUACUGGACCUACGUCGUCUCCACUCCCUGUUUGUGCCUGGUUCUACACCAUGUGUUUAUGUAUGGCUGCAGGUCUUUAAUGUAUAAUAAACAGUUUGGAAUCGUCCUACGAGUUCCUUUCAUCAUUUAGAAUUUAGUUG